GUGUCGUCCUCCUGUCAGACACACGUUCUUUCUGACACAUGGCUGACGGCGGGAAACGGACGGGGCGAGAGAGAGCGCAACAGUGAGUGAGAGCCAGACGCACACUCGCAGAGAUAAAUAGACUGAAGGAGAGAAACUGACAACCAGCCAUCUGUGGUUGGUCCCCUGUUAUUCUGCAGCUGUGUUGGAAUCACAGUUUUAAGCUCCUUCCAGAUCGGGAUACUUCAGAGCAAGAGGAGGAAUUUUUCAUACGUCUGGUUUGCCAAAGCCCUAGUACGAGCGGGGGAAAUGUUAAAGCCUCAUUGGACUACGAUUAGGCCCAUGGGGCUGCUUCUAUCUCGGGGUGGGUGAUACCCCAGCUGGAUCUUCCGCUGUCACCGUCCUCCAUGGCUGUCAUUAGCGGCUAAUGAGCUGUUGUUAGGAAGACGAGAAGGGGCCUGUGGAGCGGGGCGGAAAUGUACAGCUGUUAUUAAGGGGCCCAGUCAUCUGAAAGGAGAAAUAUCUCUUUUCUGCAGAAAUGAAAGGAUGCCGAUUUUGGAAGUCAUUUCUGGUGGCAUAUCUGUUGAGGUGCUCACUGUCCGUUUUUUUCUGACUGAGAUAAACAGUGUUGUAUGUCUUUGAACAAUAUAACCACACUGAGCCUUUAUGUACCCACGUAAUAUGUUACAAGCAAUAUAAUUCAGUAUUAUGGAUGCAAAGUGUUUUUAUUUCUGAACGGAAGUGGUUCCAACAAAACCUUACAAUAAUUUAUAUUGUUUGUGUCUUUUCAAAUGUUAUUUUGAUCUUCUUAUGCCGUGAUAGCUUUGUGUAGGACUUCAGACACCAUGGCAGCAGCCUAUCGUGUGGUGGUGAGCAGUGUAAGCUGUUACAACAGCGUGGUAGUGGACCGACGAACUCAAUCCCAUGCUGUGCAUUAUUGCUCAGGGCCAUGUGGGGCACUGUCCCAGGGACUAGACUGCACUGUAGCACACCAUGGCACCUGUGCUGAGCUCCUUGUUGCACCUGAACUUACAUAUUGUGACCCCAACAGUAUGCCAGCAUACUCCAGAUACACAACCACUCAGGUAACUGGCCUUGGUAAAAUUGGAGUUACCCUGGAUACUAACUAUAAUGUAGGCAUUGCUUUUGAGAGGGUGGGGAGUAGUGGUAAUUUAUCUUUAGGGGAGGAUAGCUCCUUGUGGCGUAGUAAAAAGACACCCAGUGGGGGAGGAUUAACUGCAAACUUGAGCUCAUCUGGUAGUCUGAAGGACAUCACUGAAGAGGCCAUCAACUUUGCAAGUGGUAAAUUGAAAGAGUUUUCCUUUGAUAAGCUCCGUCUCUCUUCAUCCAGCCAUGUUACCUUCCGCAAAGGUCGUAAAGUCCGUCCUGACUCUUUCAGCCGUCGCUCCACAGACCUGGAAAUUAUCUAUGGUCACUUCAGCUCUAAUAUCACUAAUGGAAUGCAUAAUGGCACAACAAAUGGCACAUCACCUUCCAAUGAUGAGAACCUGCCACCAUUUGUCCAAGGUAAAGGACAAGGUCUGGAGGAGACGAAGCUAAAGAGCACCACGAGCAUCUUGUCUACAAUCACCAAAGCAGGCAGUGGCUCAACAAGCAGCUUGUCAAGCAUUGGCAGUGGGUCACUGGACCAAAGUCUGAACACUGUAGCCUCCCUGUACCGCAACACGCUGGGAGAGGAGAACUUGAUUGCCCGUCUGCUGGAGAAGACGCGGACAGAAGCAGGUACAGGAGGUGGAGAAGAUAUCCGUGCCUGCCUCGACAUCCUGCUGAAAUGUUCAGAAGACCUAAAAAAAUGCACUGACAUCAUUAAACAGUGCAUCAGACGCAAAGCUGGUGGGGAGCCAGAGGAUGGACAAGUUAGUCCUGAUAGCAUGUACCGGGCUGUGAUGACUAGACUCAGCUCGUAUUUGAAGCGACUGCCUCUGGAGCUUGAGGCAAGUGGAAAUUUGAACGUGAGUGGGCAAGGUGGUCAGGGUAUACCUGGAAGUGGACAUAGUGAACUAAUUGAGUUGGUUAACAGUCUUCACUCCAUCCAACAAGGACCUUACUCUCCAAUCUUUGGCAAUGAGCAGCCUCCCCGCUAUGAAGAUGUGGUGCAGUCGCCACCCAUCCCAAAGUCAGUUAAUCAUAUGGACUCUCCUAUUCCUUCAUCUGUUUCAUCAUGCUCAUCUUUUUUAAAAUUAGACUCUGACCAUACCAAACCAGUCCAGAGCUCCCUUUCCAAAGCUGCUCCACUUUCCAAUGGUUUCCAGCACUCACACGCGCUUUCUGUCACACAAAACACACUCUCUCUCCCUUCGGUCAUAUGCUCUUCAUUAAGCUCAUCUCCAACACGCUCUCCUUCCCCCCUUCGUAACUCUCCAACCCCACCAUAUGUACAUACCCCUCCAGCUUCCCCCAUGGAGGCUCUCUAUAUUGAGGAGGAAGAAGCAGAUGUGGGAAAGACUCCAGAGCACAUCUCACAACAGACACACACUCCAACCAAAGGGGUCGCCACAUCCCAGAACAAAAACAGCACAGCAUUAGGUCAACACAUUCAUUCACCACAAGCACACAUACUCAAUACAUCUUCCAACACUCCAGCGAGCACUGCCUACAGCCCCACCUGGCCUUCGUCUACCCAGCUGGUAGCCUCAGCAUCCAAAACUGCCCCACACAGAAAUGAUGACAUUGAUAAGCUACUCAUGGACUUGGAGAAUCUGUCUCAGAGUAUGAGCCACACCAGAAACACUGAGCCUCCACUUCCAGCUAAGACCAGGAAGAAAGAUGGGAGCCAAGGGAUAACCAGCAAUGAGGCCCUCGCUCAACCCAAAAUGGCCCACUUCCACGCCCAAAAGCCAGCUAACCACCUUGCAAUGAAUGGCAUUAGUGCUAGAUCUUCACAGAAUAGUGAACUUGUAGUGGGAAAGGAGGAGGAUGGGGCACUGCUGCUGAGAAUACUUGAAAGCAUUGAGAGUUUUGCUCAGGAGCUGGUGGAUUCUGGGGCAGGAAGCACUGGGAGUGCUGAGAGAAGCAGUGGGAAGGAACGGGAAGUGAUGAGACUCCUGCAGGAUACCCUUUCCAGCACCAGCAAACCUGAAGUCCCUCUGCAGAGUACAAGCAUACCUGCUGCUCCCACUGCCUCAUCCAUCAAUACAGCUGGAGCUCCGGCUGUACCUCCAAAAUAUGCCGUGGCACAUACAUCUGCUCCAACUAAUGAGUCCAUGCGUAUGGAUUUCUCAGAAUCUGCACUUACACCCAAUACUGCACCCAAGAUUGUGCCUACACCAGUACACGAGGCUUCAACAGAGAACACCCAUAAGGUUGCUGAGUUUUCUAUAGCUGAAAGUAUCCCAAGAAGCAUGCCUGCACAGUUAGUGGCACCUGCACCUGAAGCUCCAGCUGCUGUCGCCAUCCCAGCCACAGUACACAUGAGAGAUUAUCCCAUUGCUGUUGGUGACCCUGCUGCUGCAAGAGGCAUUGGUUCAACCCUCCUCAUCCAGCAGACUCCAGAGGUGAUCAAGGUCCAGGCCAAAUCAGAGAAGAAGCCAAACACACUUACUCCAGCACCAGCUCCAUCCUCCGCCACACCUGCCCCCACACCCCGCUCACCCAGCCCUCCUCCUGCUCCAGUGAUUGUAACCCCUCCACCCCCUGCUAUCAACAUUCCCAGAUUCUACUACCCUCAUGGAUUCCCAACAUUGGGGUCAGCUGCUAACCAUGAAGCAACCAUCACUGCCAUCGAGACCGCUUUCACAGAGUUUGAGGAGGAAAAAACUGAUAUAUAUGAAAUGGGAAAGAUUGCAAAGGUAUGUGGGUGUCCGGUCUACUGGAAGGCCCCUAUGUUCUAUGCAGCAGGUGGUGAGAGGACAGGUUUCGUCUCUGUUCACUCCUUCAUUGCAACCUGGAGGAAAUUGUUGCACAGUUGCCACGAUGAUGCCUCAAGGUUUAUUUACCUGUUGGCGAAACCAGGCUGUAACUACCUAGAACAAGAGGAUUUUAUUCCUCUUCUGCAGGACAUCGUGGAUACACACCCUGGCCUGACAUUUCUGAAGGAUGCUCCCGAAUUCCAUUCCCGCUACAUCACAACGGUGAUCCAACGAAUAUAUUACGUGGUAAACCGUUCGUGGACGGGCCGUAUCACCAUGAUGGAGCUGCGCCGGAGCAACUUCCUGCAGACUCUGGCCCUCCUGGAGGAGGAGGAUGACAUCAACCAGAUCACCGACUACUUCUCCUACGAGCACUUCUACGUCAUCUACUGCAAGUUCUGGGAGCUGGACACUGACCAUGACCUCUACAUUGACCCCAAAGACUUGGCCAGAUACAAUGACCAUGCAUCCUCAAACAGGAUUAUUGAGCGAUUGUUUUCAGGGGCCGUCACUCGCGGUAAUGCUGUGCAGAGAGAAGGCAGGAUGAGCUACGCAGAGUUUGUCUGGUUUCUCAUCUCUGAGGAAGACAAGAAAAAUUCCACCAGUAUAGAGUACUGGUUCCGUUGCAUGGACGUGGAUGGAGAUGGCGUCCUGUCCAUGUUUGAGUUGGAAUAUUUCUAUGAGGAACAGUGUGAAAGGAUGGAAAGGAUGGGCAUCGAACCCCUACCAUUCCAGGAUUUGCUCUGCCAGAUGCUUGACCUGGUCAAACCUGAAAACUCAGGUAAGAUAACUCUGGGUGACCUGAAGCGCUGCCGGAUGGCUCACAUAUUCUUUGACACAUUCUUCAACUUGGAGAAAUAUCUGGACCAUGAACAAAGAGAUCCAUUUGCUGUGCAAAAGGACACUGAGAGUGAAGGUCCAGAACCAUCUGACUGGGAUAAAUAUGCCUCAGAGGAGUAUGAGAUACUGGUGGCCGAGGAGACUGCAAAUGAGCAACUACACGAGGGGUCAUUUGACGAUGACUACGACUCUGAGGAGCUGCAGGUUUCUGGUGAAAUCGGCAAUAAAAUGGAAAAACUCAUCAUAUCUGACUUAUCAGCAUAAAAUUCUUUCCCUGGACCCUUUUGGCUGCUGUUCCUGCAAA